AAUAAAGGAUGGUCGUUCAUAAUUCUUUAAAGAUAUAUCUUGAAUAUCUAUAAAUAUAUAUAUAUAUAUAUUAUUAACUAAGUGAAUAUAUAUACUGUAGAAAUCUUUAUCAAUCGCAUAAUUUGCACUUGGAUAAAUUCUCCGAAAUUAGUAGAAAAGAAGUUCCUAUUUGUCACACAGCGUUCUACCAUAAUAUAUACAGAUGAAAGAAUAUGGCUUAUCAGGAUUACUUAAUUUAUAACUAGUGAUAAUUCAUCGGUAAUUAAUCAAGAAUAUAAUUCUGUGUUAUCCUGUGUUCAAACGAUGAUUUUUCUGGUAGUGGAUAUUGGCAUUGCGCAUAUUUCAUCCAUUCAUUAUUAGAUCAACUGAUUCGUAAGAAUGAAUGGCCAAGUAUCGACGUCUCAAGAGAGGUUAGGUGGACUGGCGACUACAACAACCAGUUGGUUUACAAGUCUAACCACAUCUGAUCAUAUAAGUGGAUUGCCUGAGUCAGCAAUCCUGGGGACUGAGGUCAAAAAUCCACUCAGUGACACAGUUUUGGGAACUGAGGCCGAUAGCAAAAUGAAGACAAAACUGCUCACCAUGUGGCAUAAUGUCAAAUACGGAUGGACCUCCAAACUGAAGACGAAUUUCUCCAAAGAAUCUCCAGUGUGGCUUUUAGGUGCUAGCUACCACAAAACAGCAGAAUCCCCUGAAGCUGCUUCGGAAGCUGUGGCAUUUGACACAGAUUCGAGUGGCGACAUUUCUAUCGCCGAAGACGCUACGAAUUUCGAUGAAGGCAUGGAGGGCUUCAAGAGAGACUUCGUUUCACGAUUAUGGCUGACUUAUAGAAGGGAAUUUCCUAUUUUGAAUGGCUCUACAUUUACAUCUGAUUGUGGAUGGGGCUGCAUGCUCAGAAGUGGGCAAAUGAUGCUAGCCCAGGCUCUUGUUUGCCAUUUUCUUGGCAGAGCUUGGAGAUGGAGACCAGAUCAGCCAAUUCGAACUGACCAACAAUUUACAGACGAGAGUAAGCACAGAAUGAUAAUAAAAUGGUUUGGAGAUCAACCAGCAACUCAAUCUCCUUUCUCAAUUCACUCGCUUGUGUCAUUGGGCGCUUCAACGGGAAAAAGAGCUGGAGAUUGGUAUGGUCCGGCCUCAGUGGCGUACCUACUAGGUCAAGCUGUCGGAGCAGCUGCAUCUAGACACGACGAAUUAGAAAAUUUAAGCGUCUACGUCGCCCAAGACUGUGCUGUUUAUUUAGAUGAUGUAAGGAGGUGCUGUGAACGUGCCGAUGGUUCUUGGAAAUCAUUAGUUCUUCUCGUUCCUCUCAGAUUGGGGGUAGAAAAAUUGAAUGCUGGUUAUGGACCAUGCUUAACUGCUCUUCUCAGUCUAGACAUCUGUAUCGGUGUUAUUGGAGGUCGACCACGACAUUCCUUAUACUUUAUUGGAUAUCAGGACGACAAACUCAUUCAUCUCGAUCCACAUUAUUGUCAAGAGGCUGUCGACGUAUGGAAACAUAAUUUUUCACUUGCAAGCUUUCACUGCUCCUCUCCAAGAAAAAUGUUACUCUCGAAGAUGGAUCCCAGUUGCUGUGUUGGCUUUUAUCUUCAUGAUAAGAAAUCCCUCGAGAAUUUCAUCAAGAUUGUUGAACCCUUUCUCAUACCGCCCAAUCAAAAAGUUGAAUAUCCAAUGUUUCUUUUUUGUGAAGGCAGUGGAGAUGAAAUGCGCCGGGGAUAUGAAGAACUACCGUCGACUAUAACGAACUUAGAACAAAAUAUUCAGAGCGAUGAUGUACAUUAUGAGUGCGAGGAAUUUGAAUUUCUUUGAAGUUCUACAUCCUUUUUGUCACGUGACUAGAUUUCCUCAAACGAGGAGGUUUCGCAGUAUUAACAGGGAAGAAAAACAGAAGAAGGAAUAUUUUUUUCGUUUGUGCAAUUAUCUGACGUAAGGAAAUUAAUUUUAAAUAUUCGAAACACAUUAGGACAGAACUUAACUUUAUGUUUAAACAAUUGUCAUGAUUGGCAAGUCGUUGAAAAUUCUUUAUCAACAUUGUAGAAAAAAAUAAAUGAGAUAUCAUCUUAAACGAUUGAUAAUUUAUGAUAUAAUAAAUAAAUGAAUCAUUAAUGUUAAUGCUUUCCAUUGAUUUGCAUGGUAUCUUAUACGGGGCGCGCAACUCAACUUAAACAUAAAAUGUACGAAAGUCCCUUGUACUAUACUCCCCCUACUUUCAUACACUGCAGAUCACGCCAACCACUUAUUCACAACGGGCUCUCUCCAAAUUUUUUCAAUAUUUUUACCAUUUUUUUUCUUACAUCCUUACAACAUAGCAAUCAUCAAUUCCGAGAUAAAAUUCUUCCCUCAAUAGUUUCCAUCACCAAAAAUUUUUAGGUACAAUUUAUAAGAUAAUAACAAUGGCAGAUAGUACUCUAAUUGUUUUAUCAAAACACACAGAAUUGUGUGGCCCCCUUAAUUAGUCAUAAGAGUGUUACCCCACGGAAUCAUAAAAAAAAAACAUCUUAAGGCCUUGCUGGAGUAUCUGAUUAUCUCCUAUAGAUCCUGCAUGAAGCAGAGCUGUGUCACAUAAAUGCAUGUAAGAAACAAGAAAAAAACUAUCUAUACGAGAUAAUCCGAUACUCCAACCGGGCCUUAAGUGAAGGAGAAUGUAUUGAUUAACUUCAAAAUAGUCCAAAAUAUAACGAAAAAAGUGAGUAAAUCAGUUAAUCAGUUAGUAAAUUAUUCCUGCAAUGAUAUGAUGGAGGGAAUAUAAAUGUUGAAUAAUUGUUGGAUUGUUCAAAGAUAAUUCCUUCUGCCUCCUCACUGACCCUCUUGCCUACAGUAUGUUGAUUUGCAGACAUCCUCAAAGCAAAUGUUCAUUGGGG